UGGGGAAGAAGAGCCUCCGUUGCUGAAGGGAGUCCCUCAAGGGAAGUUGUGUGGAGGGACUCUUCCCAGUCCAGGGAGGCCUCAGUCCGGGAAACGUCUCUUGCCAACUUAUUGCUACUUCUUCUUCUCAGGCGGUGAUCAGAAGAUAACAUUUUUCUUCAAUAUGGAUGUGACAAGGAAUUUCUUUGACAAACUGCACACCAUCGCUCUUACUCUGGAGAGGGAGUCUAAGCAUAUGUUGCAGGUUUUUCAUGGCAAUGACACAGAAUUUGAAGAUGAUUCUCCAAUGACAUAUUUACACAACAUGUAUUCUGACAUCAAGACACUAAAGAGUGAAGCUGACAAUACACUUGGGAAGAGUUCUACAGAAAGAGAUACUACUUAUGACUUCAUAAAAGCCAGCCAAGUUCUGAUGAAAAGAAAUGCAGGAGAUCUUGAGGAAAUAAGACAACUGUUCCAGAAAUAUGGUUACAAGCCACCCGCUCCCAAAGACACAGCUACAGAGAAUGAAACUGAAAUCCACUCUAAAACUACAACAACUGAUCACAUGGAGCCAAAAGACCUUGGUUAUUCUGGGAAGUCAUCUGGCCCUUUUGAUCCGCUGCAAAUCCCGCAGCUUUCAGAUUUUGGACUGUCAAAAUACGCCCUACCAACAUCCACUGUGUGCGCUCAAUCCCAAGUACAUGUGCCAAAGAAAGAAUCAAGGCGGGACAACGCUGAGUGCUUUUCACCCAAGGCAGAAAAUUUCCGUAUCCAUGGCCAGGACCUGUGUGUGAAUGAUGAAACAACAUGUUUUAUGGAUGAUCAAACCAUCUUUCUACUUAAUAAUGCCAAGCAUAUUAGGCAAGCAAAUAAACUGGGUGGAUCAGCAGAGGUAUCGACACCAAGCAAAAACAAGGCUGUAUGUCAGCAAAAAAACGAAGUGUGUGAUGAUGAUUAUAUGGCUUCACCGGCUGCCCCUCAGUUCUGCACCCCUGGCGUGAAAAUUCCCCGCAGGAAGAAUAUACCAAAAUCCCCCGCGGCUUUGGAUGUAUCUGAUCAUGGAUCAGGAGACCCUCUGCCAGAUUCACAGUCUCUGCAAACAGAAGCUGAACAAAGCUGUGCCCCUGCAGUAUCAUCAAAGAAAGAUCUUGCAAAGGGUGCUGAUGUUCCUGUCCUGUAUUCAGAUGAAUGCCUGAAAUGUGAAGAAAUACCCCGUCCUCCUGUAAUAUCAGACUACAGUAACUUACUCUGUAGUCCACCGCCACCUCCUGAAAUAAGCGUCAUUCCAAAUCAUAUUUCUCAGAUUCUUUCCAAGUACAAUCGAAAUAGAGAUGUACCCCAAUAUCUGGAGGAGACAAAGGAACAAACUGCUUCACAGGUUGAAAUGCCACCUGUCCUUGGUAUUGGGAGCAAGGAAAAUUGGAAGUAUUCAGGAUGAAGAUAAUAUGAGGCCUGGGUUGCUUUGUGAUUGUAAAUUAUAUAUUCAAAACUGUUUUUAAGAGUUUGAAACACAAAUGACAGCUAAGCAAUUAAAACAAUAUGUACAACGAACUAUUUUCUCACCAUCAGAUUUUACAGUUAAAUAAAGAAUAUCUAUUUGAUUAAAA